AUGCACGGUCUUUGCCGGGCCAUUCAUUCUUGUGGGAGAUGCUUCUGCUCUAGCCGUUUUCCGCCGGAUGCACUCGUGCCUUCUCAAAAAGGUAUGACAGAACUGCAUCUGCGACGUUUGUCUGCCCAGUCGCAGGUCAGCAGAAUUCGGGCGCCCCAACGGGACUUACCCUGCACGACUUGGAGGAAGUUGGGGAAGCGCAACUACGCUGCGCCGGCCAUCGAAGCAACACUGCGGCAGCGGCAGCGGCUGCAACCUUCGCAGUCGGCGCCGCUGCUUCAUGCGCGAUCCCGGAGGACGCCGACUCCGACACCUUCUGCAUUGGCCGUCGACGAUUCACUGCAUUCGCCGUCGUCGCCGUCUCCCAGAGAAGCAGAAGACGGACCCAUCACGUUCAGAGCCUGCAGCCCAUCCUCUUCCAGUCGACCUGCGACGGGAUCCAGGCUGUUUCAGGAUUCCCCAAGCUACAGCAACGCGGAGACGGAGCUCUUGCCAACGCGACGCCCACGGGAGGUCUGGUUUCCAGUGCUUACGGGCGAGCACAGUGUAGAGAUCCCCUUCCGCGAGAUCCGGGAGAGCAGUCACGGGGAGGACUACGUUUGGUGGUUUCAGGAGCAGCGCUCCCAGCAACGGGCCACCGCCAGUCGCCAGUCGCUGAGACAAGGAGCCUUGCGUCCAGUCUCUGUCUGGCAGACUGAGCUCUCAGAGCUUGCCUCAACGCACCCGCCCGCCCGAGGCCUGGCUGGCAAGGAGCAGCUGCUUCACAGGGCUUCCUUGCUCCGGCACCUGGAGAGCUUGGGCGUCCAACAAGGUCCGAAGGCACUCGCAGAAGCUGUCUGCUGGUGCUUCGGUGGUGCGGAACGGGCCUCCCGUCAGCUUUCGAGAUCCUUUGGCGACAAGGUGGGCCUUCUCCAGCUUUCCGGGCUGCUGGCUUUACUAGAUCUUGAUCUUGGACUCCUCACGGGCGCGCAGGAGCUGGCUGCGUUGGCGGAGCUCUUGGAAGAGAAAACCCUUCUCGUGGCGGCGCUUCUGAACGGCACGGCAUCCACGGGUACCGGGACGACCGGGACGACGGGCGCCGCCUGCGCUCAGGCGAGGUGGGCCCAGGUCGGCCGCUUCCUCGCUCUGCGCGCGCUGCGGGAGCGCGCUCUCCGGCGCUGGUGCAAAGCCGAGCCAGGAGGCGGUCCCACGACUCAGCUGCAGGCCCGUUUGCAGGCCAUGGGCAAUCUGGAACUGUCCUUCCGAUCCUGGUUCUCUUCAGCCUGCGAGAGAUCCGCAGAGGGCGUCCUCUUCGUGAGUCUGAAGGCUUGGAUUUCCUUCUUCGAGGAUCUUGAGCCGCACGACCCUCUUCGGAGCGCACAGCUGCGAGAGGCUGGUGGUGAAGCAGCGCUUCAGCGAGCUUUCGAGGAUGCCAGGAGGAAGCAGGAGGGCGACUGCCCGGGUCUCUGCUUUGCCUCCUUCCUCCACGCCUUGGCCGGCCUCAACCAGGCCUUGGAUCUGAGAUGGAGCCCUCUCCUUGACUUCUUUCAGGAGAAGAAAACGACUGCGGCACUCGACCACCCAAGCGGCAGGCGAAGCCGCAAUCGAUCACAUCCGUGGCGGUGCUGCAGCACGCGUACGAGAACGCCUUGCGGAGGCUCAGGUGAUCCUGAGCUGCGAGGCAGCCAGGCAGUCUUGCUGAGAAGGAUCCACCCGACUUUGAGAGCCAUCCCAGCUGGACGGGCAUCUGAGAGGUGCUUCCGGGGCGGUCUUGGAGGAGACGGACUUCCGAAGGAAGCUUCCGUCCGAUCCAAAGGACACCUGCGAUCUAGCAGAGUCUGGCAAGCUUGGUGA